AUUUUCAAGUUUAUUUCGAUCGUUAAACGGACAAAGAAUAACUUUUAAAAUAUUACAAACUAUAAGAUAAAAUACUAAAAAAUAGAAAAUGUAUUUUAAAACAUUGUUAUCGAUAAGUUUUGUUGUGUGUUUUAUAGUCGGUUCAAAUGCCGGAGAUUUACCCUCCGACAUAGCCAAAUGCAAAAUUGCCGACAACGAAUGCGUUGGCAAAAAGACCAUGGAAGUUCUGCAAAAAUACUCCAAUGGCAAUCCCGACUUUGGUAUGCCCAAAAUAUCCGGGUUACAACUGAAGAACAUUACAGUGGCCCGAGCCUCUAACAAAUCUCCGAUACAGUUGAAUUUUAAAUUUAUUCAAUUAACCAGUCAGGGUCUUGAGGAUUCAAUAAUCGUGAAUACUUCGGGUUGGACAAAGUCUCCCAAGAAUCUCGAAGCAAAUCUCAUAUUGCCCAAGUUGGUUAUCAAUGGCGAUUAUGAAACAGAUGGUCGCAUUUUACUUCUGGCGCUCGAUGGCAAAGGUACGGGGUAUUUUGAAAUGACCGACAAUCAGGUGAACAUCAAAGCCAAGGUGGUAUUAGAAAAGCGUAGCGAUGGUAAAAAUUACAUCAGGAUUAUAAAAAUUAAGGCGGUUAUGAUACCGAAAAAGCUCUUUAUCAAAAUGGACAAUUUGGUCAAAGGAAGCCCGGAAUUGUCGAAAACCAUUAACGAUGUAAUCAAUGACAAUUGGAGUGACGUGUGGCAGGAACUGGCCCCAGGUAUUAACAAUGCAUUGGCUCAAAUCAUUGAGAGCUUAGCUGCACCUGUCUUUGAUAAACUAUCCUACGAUGAUUUCUAUGUAGAAUAAUGUAGAAAGUAGCCGUUUAGUUUAGGUUUACUAAAGCCAAAUAGUGUUCAGUGUUGAAAUUGAGUUGUCAAUAUUUUGAAUCGAAUUUGUGAAUAUGUAUUUCAAAUAAAAUGUUUAAAUAAA